UGUGCAUAAUUGCAUAUACGGAAAGAGAAAGCAUGAAUAUGUGUUGUGUGUAUCUGCGUACUCACGCAAACGCUAACUAACAGUUGAAGAAAAUCUCAUUCUUCUCCUUCGAUCUAUCAAAAACAUUCACAUUCACCACUCAAAUCUUAAUUGAGAUUUGAGUUUUCUUCCUCUCUCUCUCUCUCUCUCAUUCUUCAUUUUCAUUUUCUCGUCAAAAUCUCACUCUCUCGCAACCAUGAUUACUGCAAGCAGAAUCAAAUCCGUCGAUUUUUACAGAAAAAUCCCUAGAGAUUUAACUGAGGCAUCAUUAUCAGGAGCAGGGUUAUCAAUAGUAGCAGCUCUCACCAUGGUGUUUUUAUUCGGAAUGGAACUUAGUGAAUAUUUAUCUGUCAGCACCUCUACAUCCGUGAUCAUUGACAAGAGUUCUGAUGGGGACUUUUUACGUAUUGAUUUCAAUUUCAGUUUUCCUGCACUUUCAUGUGAGUUUGCAUCGGUCGAUGUGAGCGAUGUGCUGGGAACAAGCAGGCUGAAUCUAACAAAAACAGUUCGCAAGUUUUCUAUUGAUUCAACUUUAAGACCCACUGGGUUUGAAUUUCAUUCUAGCCCAGCUACUAAUGUCAUUAAGCAUGAUGAUAAAGUGGAUGAAGAAUCUCCUGAAGGUGCUUUUGUAUUCACGACAGACAAUUUCGAUAAAUAUUCUCAUCAAUUUCCAGUUACAGCUGUAAACUUUUAUGCUCCUUGGUGUUACUGGAGUCAACGCCUGAAACCUUCAUGGGAGAAGGCAGCUAAAAUAUUAAGAGAGAGAUAUGAUCCGGAAAUGGAUGGUCGAAUACUUAUGGGGAAGGUGGAUUGCACUCAAGAUUCAAGCUUGUGCCGGAGGCAUCACAUACAAGGGUAUCCAUCCAUUCGUAUCUUCCGUAAAGGAAGUGAUGUCAGAAGUGACCAUGGACAUCAUGAGCAUGAGUCAUAUUAUGGAGACCGUGAUACAGAUACCCUUGUUAAGACAAUGGAGAAUGUAGUGGCGGCUCUCCCUUCUAAGAAGCUAGCUUUGGAUGAUAAGUUAAAUGUUACAGAGAAUGCAAAAAGGCCAGCACCAUCAGCUGGGGGAUGUAGAAUUGAAGGAUAUGUACGUGUCAAGAAGGUUCCAGGAAACUUGUUCGUCUCAGCAAGAUCUGAUAGCCAUUCCUUUGAUGCUUCUCAAAUGAACAUGUCGCAUGUCAUACACCAUUUAUCUUUUGGAAGGAAAUUGUCACCUAGGGUUAUGAAUGAUGUCAAGCGCUUGAUACCUUAUGUUGGUAACAGCCAUGACAGACUGAAUGGUCUGUCAUUCAUCAAUACAAAUGAUUUAGGAGCAAAUGUCACUGUUUUAUUGAUCUGCAUCUGCAUCUGCAAGAGCGAGAUGUAAUAGAUAACAUCAAUAUACAGGCCAGAUGAUGUUUUAUUUAUUUUUGGAGAACAUAAUACACCUCUAAACCCUUCUUCGAAAUGGAUACCACAUGCCAUUCGAGCACCUUUUUAGGACAAGAUCGGGCCUUCCCCCUUAUCCCCGGUGUUAAUUCAUUUGGAAAAUAAUGGCGAUACAUUAGAGUCCCUUCUACAGUAACCAGAGCUUAGAAAUCAAAAGCUUUGCUCCUUAUGCUUGUGGAAGUUAUCACUAAAAGGCUUCUCUAAUCUUCAGACUUCAAUCUUGAAACUUUUCAACCUAUAGUUGCACUAUUUAAACUAUGCAAGCUUUUUGGAUCUAAAUAUGUUUGGGUUGGCACUAUUUAGGUGUUAGUAUCCUCUGAGAUAACUUAACUUAUCACUUCUACGAAUUUGGAUUGAGCCUAACUCAACCUUAAAAACCCAAUUUAUAUAUAAGAGUUGCCAAAACUUUAUAAACACUACAGUGGCCAUAUCUCUAGGCAAUGUAGGACUAAAUCCACCCUUUCACACCCAACACAAUGAAGGGGUUGGAACUUGCAAUGAAUACAAUCCAAAUGCCACAGUUAGGCUACCCAAUUGCCCCAAUUAGGCUGCUUGGGGCGAACUGCAAAGUACACAGAAUUUCCAACAUCACAAAUACAAUCUCUGUUUUCAUUUAAUGGCUUUGACCAUAGUUAUCCUUUUCUGUAUCAAUGCAGAUAGCUAGAGAAAGAUGAGCAUCUCCAGUGCUUGGAAUUUCAUUUCUGUCAAAG